GAUUAAGAUACUUGCUAAACAGUGGACUCAGAGACCAUUAAAAACAAACUCUACUUGAACACCAUUUUACUGGUUCACCAGUUGCUGAUGUAUAUUCAAGAUGAGUGGAUUAGGAGAAAACUCUUUGGAUCCACUGGCUACUGAUUCACGAAAACGCAAAUUGCCAUGUGAUAUUCCGGGACAGGGUCUUACCUGCAGUGGUGAAAAGUGGAGAAGAGAACAGGAGAGUAAAUAUAUUGAAGAACUGGCUGAACUGAUAUCUGCAAAUCUUAGUGAUAUUGACAAUUUCAACGUCAAACCAGAUAAAUGUGCAAUUUUAAAGGAAACAGUACGACAGAUACGGCAAAUAAAAGAGCAAGGAAAAGCGGUUUCCAAUGAUGAUGAUGUUCAGAAAGCUGAUGUAUCUUCUACAGGACAGGGGGUUAUUGAAAAAGACUCUUUAGGACCACUUUUACUUCAGGCAUUGGAUGGUUUCCUGUUUGUGGUGAAUAGAGACGGAAACAUUGUAUUUGUGUCAGAAAAUGUCACACAGUACCUGCAGUAUAAGCAGGAGGACUUGGUUAAUACAAGUGUGUACAAUAUCUUGCAUGAAGAAGACAGAAAAGAUUUUCUUAAAAACUUACCAAAAUCUACAGUUAAUGGAGUUUCUUGGACAAAUGAGACCCAGAGACAAAAGAGCCAUACAUUUAAUUGUCGUCUGUUGAUAAAAACAACACACGAUGUUCUGGAAGACAUGAGCACUAGUCCUGAAAUGCGCCACAGAUAUGAAACAAUGCAGUGCUUUGCCUUGUCUCAGCCACGAGCUAUGAUGGAGGAGGGGGAAGAUUUGCAAUCCUGUAUGAUCUGUGUGGCACGCCGCAUUACUACAGGAGAAAGAGCAUUUCCUUCAAAUCCUGAGAGUUUUAUUACUAGACAUGACCUUUCAGGAAAGGUUGUCAAUAUAGACACAAAUUCACUAAGAUCCUCCAUGAGACCUGGCUUUGAGGAUAUAAUCCGAAGGUGUAUUCAAAGGUUUUUUAGUCUUAAUGAUGGGCAGUCAUGGUCCCAGAAACGUCAUUAUCAAGAAGCUUAUAUUCAUGGCCAUGCAGAAACUCCAGUGUAUCGAUUUUCAUUGGCUGAUGGGACUAUAGUGACUGCACAAACAAAAAGUAAACUCUUCCGAAACCCUGUAACAAAUGAUCGUCAUGGUUUUGUCUCAACCCACUUUCUUCAGAGAGAACAGAAUGGGUAUAGACCAAACCCAAGUCCUAUAGGACAAGGCAUUAGGCCUCCUGCAGCUGGAUGCAGCAGUUCGGUCGGCAGCAUGAACAUGUCACCGAACCAAGGCUUACAGUUGCUGAACAGCAGGGCCUAUGGCUUGGGAGACCCCAGCACCACAGGGCAGCUGAGUGGAGCUAGGUAUGGGGCUUCCAGUAACAUUUCUUCACUGACGCCUGGGCCAGGUAUGCAGUCACCGUCUUCCUACCAAAACAACAACUAUGGGCUCAACAUGAGCAGCCCCCCUCAGGGCAGUCCUGGUCUUGGCUCCAAUCAGCAGAAUAUUAUGAUUUCACCUCGUAACCGCGGUAGUCCAAAGAUGGCCUCACAUCAGUUUUCUCCCGUUGCAGGUGUACACUCUCCCAUGGGAUCUUCUGGCAAUUCAGGGAGCCAUAAUUUUUCCAGCAGCUCUCUUAGUGCCCUGCAAGCCAUUAGUGAGGGUGUGGGGACUUCUCUUUUAUCUACUUUGUCUUCACCAGGACCCAAAUUGGAUAACUCUCCCAAUAUGAAUAUAACCCAACCAAGUAAAGCGAGCAGUCAGGAUUCUAAGAGUCCCUUAGGCUUGUACUGUGACCAGAAUCCAGUGGAGAGUACGAUGUGCCAGUCAAAUAGCAGAGACCACCUCAAUGACAAAGAAAGUAAGGAGAGCAGUGGUGAAGGAUCAGAGAAUCCGAAGGGUCCUUUAGAAAGCAAAGGUCAUAAAAAAUUACUGCAAUUGCUCACCUGCUCUUCUGAUGAUCGAGGUCAUUCCUCCUUGACCAAUUCCCCCUUGGACUCAAGUUGUAAAGACUCUUCUGUUAGUGUCACCAGCCCCUCUGGAGUUUCUUCCUCAACAUCUGGAGGAGUGUCUUCCACGUCCAAUAUGCACGGAUCACUGUUGCAAGAGAAGCAUCGGAUUUUGCAUAAGUUGCUGCAGAAUGGGAAUUCACCAGCUGAAGUUGCCAAGAUUACUGCAGAAGCCACUGGAAAAGACACCAGUAGUACAGUUGCUUGUGGUGAAGGAGCUGUCAAGCAGGAGCAGCUGAGUCCGAAGAAGAAGGAGAAUAAUGCGCUUCUCAGAUACUUGUUGGACAGGGAUGAUCCCAGUGAUACACUCUGUAAGGAAUUACAGCCCCAAGUGGAAGGAGUGGACAGUAAAACAAGUCAGUGCAGUAGCUCCACCAUUCCCAGCUCAACUCAAGAGAAGGAGCCUAAAAUUAAGACGGAAACUAGUGAAGAGGGAUCUGGAGACUUGGAUAAUCUAGAUGCUAUUCUUGGUGAUCUGACUAGUUCUGACUUUUACAGUAAUCCUAUGACCACAAAUGGCAGUCAUCUGGGCAGCAAGCAACAGAUGUUUCAAGGAACUAACUCUCUAGGUUUGAGAAGUCCACAGUCUGUGCAGCCCAGUCGUCCACCCUAUAGCCGAGCAGUGUCUUUAGAUAGUCCUGUUACUGUUGGCUCCAGUCCCCCAAUAAAGAAUGCCAACGCUUUCCCCAUGUUACCAAAGCAACCCAUGUUGGGUGGGACCCCAAGAAUGAUGGAUAGUCAGGAAAAUUAUGGCUCAAACAUAGGUGGACCAAACAGAAAUGUGACUGUAAGCCAGGCUCCUACCUCAGGAGAUUGGGGCUUACCAAAUUCAAAGGCCAGCAGAAUGGAACCUAUGAGUUCAAACUCCAUCGGAAGGCCCGGAGGGGAUUACUGUGCUUUACCUUGUUCUUUGCCCAGACCUUCAAUGGGAGGCACUAUGCCAACCUUUCCUCUUCGGUCAAAUAACAUACCAGGUGUGAGGCCAAUGCUGCAGCAGCAGCAGCAGCAGCAGCAGCAGCAGCAGCAGCAGCAGCAGCAGCAGCAGCUUCAGAUGAAGCCUGGUGAGAUUCCCAUGGGAAUGGGCGUCAAUCCCUAUGGCCAAGCAGCACCAUCUAAUCAACCAGGUUCCUGGCCAGAUGGCAUGCUGUCCAUGGAACAAGGCCCUCAUGGGACUCAAAACAGACCCAUUCUUAGGAAUUCCCUGGAUGAUCUCCUUGGGUCACCUUCUAACUUGGAAGGCCAGAGUGAUGAAAGAGCUCUGUUGGACCAGCUGCACACACUCUUGAGCAACACAGAUGCAACAGGCCUGGAGGAAAUUGACCGAGCUUUAGGCAUCCCAGAACUUGUGAAUCAGGGCCAUGCUUUGGAGCCUAAACAGGAUGCUUUCCAAGGUCAAGAAGCAGCAGUAAUGAUGGAUCAGAAGGCAGCAUUAUAUGGACAGACGUACCCAACACAGGGCCCUCCAAUGCAAGGAGGCUUUAAUCUUCAGGGACAGUCACCAUCUUUUAACUCGAUGAUGAAUCAGAUGAGCCAGCAAGGCAGUUUUCCUCUCCAGGGGAUGCAUCCUAGGGCCAACAUCAUGAGACCUCGGACAAACACCCCGAAACAACUUAGGAUGCAGCUUCAGCAGAGACUGCAGGGCCAGCAGUUCUUGAAUCAGAGCCGGCAGGCACUUGAAAUGAAGAUUGAAAAUCCCACUGGUGGUGCUGCUGCAGUGAUGAGGCCCGUGAUGCAGCCCCCGGUGAGCUCCCAGCAGGGUUUUCUAAAUGCCCAGAUGGUUGCCCAGCGCAGCAGAGAGCUGCUAAGUCAUCACUUCCGACAGCAAAGGGUGGCAAUGAUGAUGCAGCAGCAGCAACAGCAACAGCAGCAGAGCCAGGCCUUCAGCCCGCCUCCAAAUGUGACUGCUUCCCCCAGCAUGGAUGGUGUCUUGGCAGGAUCUGCAGUGCCACAGGCUCCAGCACAGCAGUUUCCAUAUCCACCAAAUUACGGAAUGGGACAACAACCAGAUACAGCAUUUGGACGAGUGCCUAGUCCUCCUAAUCCAAUGAUGUCAUCAAGAAUGGGUCCAUCCCAGAACCCCAUGAUGCAGCACCCACAGACUGCACCCAUAUAUCAGCCCUCAGAAAUGAAGGGCUGGCCAUCAGGAAACUUGGCCAGGAACAGCUCCUUUCCCCAGCAGCAGUUUGCCCACCAGGGGAAUCCUGCAGCAUAUGGUAUGGUGCACAUGAAUGGCAACAGUGGUCACUUGGGACAGAUGAACAUGAACUCCAUGCCCAUGUCGGGCAUGCCUAUGGGUCCUGAUCAGAAAUAUUGCUGACAUCCCUAUACCUGGACCUCUAAGGAAAUAGUGUACAAAUGCUACUGCCAUAGGAUUAUUGCGAGGUAAAGAACCAUUGUUCAGGCAUCCAGUUGUCAAGCGAGGACCAGCUUUGAUCUUCAUCACGACUAUUCCAAGAUACGUCAUUUGAGUAGGACUUAAAGUGAAGCGCAAUAUCUUUUUUGUUGUUUCUUCCGCUUUUGUAUAUCCUAGUGUCCAAAACAAAUUUUUGGUAUUAUUUUGCCUUUUAGGUAUCUAAGUGAUUGUGGAGAAAUGGAGUGAAUGCGGUCACAAUGUUAUUCUUUGUCACUUCCUUCUGCCUUGUUAGCCGAAGUCGUUCAGCUAAAUGUAGAUGGGCUAGAGAGUAAUGGACCGAUCAGAACAUCCAUGGUUUCUCAAGUUGCAGUACUGAGCAAAGAGCAUAGUCCAUCUUGGAAGCAUUUUGUUUCAUAAAGUAAUUUUAUGCUGUCCUUUAUGCAGUGGAAUUGGCAUUUCUGAGUUUUUGUUCUUUGCUGAGUUUUUAUUGUCCUAGGCCUUAUCCUAAUGAACAUUUUAUUUGGCCCUAAGGUUCCAUGAUGACUUCACCUCCAGAGUUUGUCAUUGAUGUCCAGUAGCUUUGCAGAAGGGAAAAUGAGAUGACAGUAUUUAAUUGCAGCGGUGGCAAUUUUUCAUAUGCUAACGUGCAGCUGAGUGCACUUUAUUUAAGUAAAGAAGUAAUGGAUAAAUGCAAUAUUCUUGGUCAUGAGGAAUGGUGAACUACAUUCCUGGUUUUUGUCUCUACUAAUCUGUUGGACAAGAACUACGAUUUUUUUCUUUUAAAGUACUGGUGUCACCCUUUGCCUAUAUGGUAGAGCAAUAAUGCUUUUUGAAAACAAACUUCUGAAACUGUAAGGCCAGGUACUGCCUUCUGAUUCAGAAGUUUGCAGUGUUUCUGUGAAUAGGUUUUUUUGUAAAUAUGGUCUAUUAAAAUAUUGUAUUAUGUAAAAUAUGUACAUACUUUUUUUGUAGGUCACAACAACUCACUUUUACAGAGUUUGUGAAGCUGACUAUUUAACAUUCGUCGAUUUUAGUAAGCUCUGUGUGGUGAGGAUCCCCCCAGUCACCUGGGCAUGGGGGUGGAGGGGUUGACAGGGCUACAGUUACUCCUCUCCCUCAGCGUUAGAUGCCUCACCGUUUUCAUUCUCUCAGUCUAAAUGCUUUUUAAAGAGAUCACUUGUUUAGAUGUGAGCAUUUAAAAUUUAAAAACAAAAGUCCUUACCAGAGAACUAAGCACUUUGUUAAUUUUGGGGGAAUGACUAGAUAUAGAGACAAAAAAAUCAGGAAAUCUGAAGAAAUUCAAUUUGAUUUAAAAAAAUCUUUCGGAUUUUAAGCAGUCCAUAAAUCAUCUUUCCUUUUGCAAAAUUUAAAUUAAGUACCAUGUUGUCUUUUCAUCCAUUUUAGGAGUGCUAUAAGCUUUUGGUUGCUAGGAGCUGAAACCCACAUUGAGAUUGCAGGAGCAGAAUCCUUGGUGUGUGGUUUCUCGUGCCUGCUCAGCUAUCUUUAUAUUUUCCAAUAUAGAGUCUUCACUACAUCCGUGAAUUAGAAUAGCGUCACUCUUAUUUCUUAAAGAGCUUAGUACCCAGAAUAGACUGUGUUGUAAUUCAGAGCCACGGUCUGAGCACCUUUGUGCCCCCCCACCACACAUACACAGACACACAGUUGCCUCUCCUUGACACCUCUUCUAGUCAUUCUGGAAUAAGGGAUAAAUCAAGUUUCAUUCUCUCUACGGGAUUAUUCUAUUAGGUUCAAACAGUAGAGUAAAAUUUGGAAUAUCUAUAAAUUCUAAGUGACUUUGCCAGCCUUGAUAUCCUUUUUUAGUAAUAACUGCAAACCAGUUCAUUUUUUGAAUGAAACACAUUAGAAAUCAUUUAGCAAUGAUUUCUAGAUGUCUGUGAAGGAUAGGUAAUUUUUUUGACAUGCUUAUGAAUAAGUGAAGCUCCAUAUUUCUAGAACCACAAUUAGAGUGGAUUUCAUGUUCCAGCACUCUGCAGACCACUGUGAGAGUGCUAUUCCUAUCCCUUCCCCACAGGUGUUAAAGAUCUCAGAUUUUAAAAUCAUAAUCUUCCAUUGCACAGCUUAUGCUUUUCACUUGGCGCUUUGUUUUUUGUGUCACAGAUGCACAGCCCAGGCGUAGCCCAGUGAGAGGCUCUUUCAGUCCGGGCAGGUUGGGUGUGUCUGAGCCUUCCUCAGAUUGACUAGGUGAGGAGGACAGAAUGGUGCUCCUACCUUUCUUGACUUCUCUUUUCUCAGUCCCAACUCCAGGCUACACAGAAGGCAGCAGCAUCCCUUUUUUUCUUUUAUUUUUUUUUUGGUAUGGGAAAAAAUAUGAGGUUUAUUAUAAGUUUUCAUAUUUUCUACUAGUAGAUUUUAUUGGUACAAGUUCAAUAUUUUGAUUUUAUUUUAACAGAUGCAGUCUUUGAAAUGUUGUUUUUACCUUUAUUGUCCUUUAAUCUUUUUUGGAUAAUUCUUUGUACUUCUGCUGCCUACGUCUCCAAAUCCCUUUUUUAAAACCUGGGUAUUUCUUGGUAAAGAGUAUAAGUCUUUUCAUCUGCUUUUAGAAUGUGAGAUAUUUCCAGUACCUACUUUUUUGCUGAAUCCAAAGAUAUAUAAAUAAAAAUAUAUAUUUUAUGAAGAUCAAAAUGAUAUAAAGGAGAUACAUGUUUCGUCCUUUAAAUAAUAGAAAUUUCAUUGUUAAUGUUCAUAUUAUGAUGCCAUUUUUUAAAUUGUCCAUCUGGAUUGAAAGGUGUAAAUAUCAAUACACAGUCCUACUUAGUUUAUCAGUAUUAAAUAUGUAAGGUGAGUUGGGGUUGGGUACUGUAGAAGAUAAUUUUCCUGAUGGCGUACAAGUACUUUUAUCAGGAGGCCCAUGCAGCUGGAAAGUAAACAAAAUUGAUUCCCUGUUGCCCAUAUGCCGGUUCAAGUUCCUUUUUAUUUGUAGAAGGCAUGAGUUUUAUUCACCAGUGGGAAGUUCACAGGAGCAUAUAUCUGCUAGGAUAUGUGAAGAUUUACCCCUGCAGCAGAGGAAUAAGUUGUUUUCAAUCCAAUGUAGACCAUUUCAAAUGAGCAAGGUGUUUUCUUCUUAUUCCCUCUUUUUUCUCUUUGCAAUAUAUGGAAUCUUGAAGAUGGAAAUGUCAUUCUGAGAGCAAUAUUUUAAUUCUCAGGAAUUGACUUACAGUAUUAAGAAUUGAUUUGGUUUCAGCCAAGUUUACAUUGUUGAUUUUUAAAAACAGAUUUUUCUUUUACACUGCAAAGAAUUUAAACCACAUGGGAUGACUCAUGAGAUGGGGUGGUGAGCUGUGACUUCUUUGCUGACCAUUUUGGGUGUCCUUGUAAAUAAAGGUUUCUAUUUAAAA